UUCAACUCUAAAUAUUUGUGUAAAUUCUGACUAGCAUACAGACUGUUUAGUAGGCUACCAGAGCGAUUUUGGCAAUCAACUUGAGUCCGAAUAAAGACAUGAAUACCGCGGAAUAUUCGGGGUAUCUUCCAGAGUUAUGUCCUAUCUGGACUGCCAGUGCCACUUACUCUCCAUCUAAUCCCGGGAGAAUAUACUGGUGGAACUCCAGAUAUGAGAGCAGCCCAAAGGACCGGUUGAAGGAUUUCUAUAGGUGGAGUGCAAUUAAUUGGCGCAGGAAUUCGUAUGAUAAGUUUGACUGUAGGGCUACCUCAGGAGUUACUACCACGGCACAGUCAAUCACCCACUCCACUACCACCACGUUGAGUAGUGGGACCUACCAGCUAGUCCAGCACGAAAUCCUCACCUCUAGGGCUAGUAGCUAUGAGGUGUUAGAGUUCCUUGGUCAAGGCACCUUUGGUCAGGUGGCCAAAUGCCUAAAGCGUGACACCAACGAGAUUGUGGCCAUAAAAAUCCUAAAAAAUCAUCCUGACUAUAUCCGGCAAGGACAAAUUGAGGCCAGAAAUCUGAAAAGGCUCUCCAUGGAGGACACUGACAGAUUUAACUGUGUCCGCUGGUAUGAGUCCUUCCAGCACAAAUCCCAUAUCUGUUUGGUUUUUGAGAUGCUGGGGCAGAGCCUUUAUGAUUUCAUGCAGGACAGAAAUUUUAGUCCACUCAGGCUUGCAUGCGUAAGGCAUAUACUACAACAGGUUGCCAAGGCCCUGACCAAGCUCAAAAGCCUGGGCAUAAUCCACACAGACCUCAAGCCGGAGAACAUCAUGCUAGUGGACCCCGUCCACCAGCCCAGCCGCAUUAAAGUCAUUGACUUCGGCUCAGCCACCCAUGUGUCUGAGGCUGUGUGCUGUAGCUACCUGCAGUCGCGAUUCUACCGUUCUCCAGAGAUUAUCCUUGGGCUGCCCUUCUGUGAGGCCAUUGACAUGUGGUCACUAGGAUGUGUGGCAGCUGAACUCUUUCUUGGCUGGCCUCUGUAUCCUGGACAUUCGGAAUAUGACCAGGUUCGGUACAUCUCCGAGACCCAGGGACCUCCACCCGAGUACUUGCUCAGUGCAGGCUCGAAGACGGGCAACUAUUUUAACAGAUGGCCUGACUCCACCUAUCCUCUCUGGAGCCUCAAGACUCUAGCUGAAAUUGAGGCUGAGAUGGGAGUGAAGUCAAAAGAGACCCGCAAGUUUAUAUUCCGAUCCCUGGAUGACAUGGUCAACAUUGCUGGUCUUGAUGCGACUGACCUCCUGGAUGAGAAGGUGGACCGGCAUGAGUUUGUUGACCUCUUGAAGGGAAUGCUGACCCUGGAUGGUGACGAGAGGAUUACCCCCCUUCAGGCACUCAGCCACCCCUUCCUGGCACAUCUGGGUCAGAGCACAUAUGUGGACCACAGGGACAACAUCAUCAGCCAUGCGACUGUCCAUGACUCCCAGGUUUCUAAUUCAUUCCCCAGCCAUCCUCCAAGGUCCAAGCGCCUGCCUGUGUUCGCACAGAUGACCCAUCGCCUCUGCACCUUUUCAGAACAAGCCUCUGCCGUCCCAGUGGCCCUGAACAUGGGCACCCAUCACGGCAGCGGUCAGCAGAACGAUGGAGAGCCGAGCUAGUGUGGACCAGAGGGCAGACAUCUUUGGCCAUGUGAGAGUCGAUGACUCCUUGGACUCUAACUCGUUCACCAGCAAUCCUGCAAGAUCCAAGCGGCUGCCGGUGUUUGUAGAGAUCACUUCUCGCAAGUCCUCUGCCAUCUCAGGGGCCCUGAACAUGGGCACCCAUCACAGUAGGAGGUGCAAGAAGAGGAAAACGGAGAGCCGAGCUAGAGUGGACCAGAGGGAAGACAUCUUCCGCCACGUGACUGAUCAUGACUCCCAGGAUUCCAGCACCAGCUGUCCUCCAAGGUCUAAGCGUCUGCCGGUGUUUGUUGAGAUCACCUCUCGCCUCUCCAGCUCUUUAGAGC